UCACCCCCCCCUCUGGCUCUGACUGUCCCUCCUGUAUAAAGCCUGGCUCUGCUGCUGUCACCCCCACUUGUCCCUCACUGCUGCUGCCAGCUCUGGCUCCAUGGACUGGUCCCAUCCGAGGUGUCCCUGACCGUCCCUGUCCCCCACCCCACCCCGGAUUCCGGCAAUGCUAACCGCUGUCUGCGGCUCUCUGGGCAGCCAGCACACGGACGCGCCUCACGCCUCUCCGCCGCGCCUGGACCUGCAGCCUCUGCAAACAUACCAGGGCCACACGAGCCCCGAGGCCGGGGACUACCCCUCCCCCCUGCAGCCUGGAGAGCUGCAGAGCCUCCCGCUGGGCCCAGAGGUGGACUUCUCACAGGGCUAUGAGUUGCCGGGGACCUCCUCUCGGGUAACCUGUGAGGACCUGGAAAGCGACAGUCCCUUGGCCCCGGGACCCUUUUCCAAGCUCCUCCAGCCGGACAUGUCACACCACUACGAAUCGUGGUUCCGGCCAACUCACCCAGGCACCGAGGAUGGCUCAUGGUGGGACCUUCAUCCGGGCACCAGCUGGAUGGACCUCCCCCACACUCAGGGCGCGCUGACCUCACCUGGCCACCCGGGGGCGCUUCAGGCUGGUUUGGGGGGCUACGUCGGAGACCACCAGCUUUGUGCCCCGCCGCCCCACCCACAUCCACACCACCUCCUCCCAGCCGCCGGAGGGCAGCACCUCCUGGGGCCUCCAGACGGGGCUAAGGCCUUGGAAGCAGCGGCCCCGGAGUCCCAGGGGCUGGAUACCAGUCUGGACGGGGCAGCCCGACCCAAAGGCUCUCGGCGGUCAGUGCCCCGCAGCUCAGGCCAGACGGUGUGUCGCUGUCCCAACUGCCUGGAGGCGGAGCGACUGGGGGCUCCGUGCGGGCCGGAUGGGGGCAAGAAGAAGCAUCUGCAUAAUUGCCACAUCCCGGGCUGCGGGAAAGCCUACGCCAAGACGUCGCACCUGAAGGCGCACCUGCGCUGGCACAGCGGCGACCGUCCCUUCGUGUGCAACUGGCUCUUCUGCGGCAAGCGCUUCACGCGCUCCGACGAGCUGCAGCGUCACCUCCAGACCCACACGGGCACCAAGAAGUUCCCCUGUGCCGUCUGCAGCCGCGUCUUCAUGCGCAGCGACCACCUGGCCAAACACAUGAAAACCCACGAGGGCGCCAAAGAGGAGGCUGCGGGGGCUGCCGCGGGCGAGGGCAAGGCGGGCGGGGCCGGGGAGCCCCCCGGGGGCAAAGGCAAGCGGGAGUCCGAGGGCAGCGGGGCUCCCUCCAACUGAGCUCCCGGCGCCGCCUCCCUGCUGGCCUCCCCUGGGGGCUUCGCAAGAGCGCCCCCGCCCCAUCGCCUGCUGUCGGCGAGGGGCGGCUUGAGGAAGAGGUGGUUAUUUAUUGACGGGGAGGAAAAGCGGGGCGGGGUCAGGGAGACGGGCACUAGGGGUUUUAGUCUGGGGCUGGGCGGGACGCAUUAGACUGGCCGGGCCGCGAGGAGCUUCGAAUGCCUCUCUGCUCUCCCCUUCCUCACUAUUUUACUCACCCCCGGGGCUGGGGGCAGCGGUGGCGUGAGGAACCCCAACCGCGGCUGGAGGGCGCGGACAGGCCAGGGGAGACAGCACCCGCCGCGCCCCGUCCCGGAGCGGGAGCCGCGAGCCGCGAGCCGCGAGGAGAGGGGCCGCCCCUGGCGCUGGGGGUAGCUGUCUGG